CAUUAACUUUUAAUUAUGAUCAAUCUUAUAGAAGAAUAAGUCGAUAAAGAACCAAUUCUUCAUUAGGUUUCUUAAAUGAAGAACUUUCUCCUUAAUCAUAUUAAUCAGAAAAUAGUAUUUGUUACAUCAGGGGGAACAUCAGUGCCUUUAGAAUAAAAUACUGUCAGAUCUAUAGAAAACUUUUCAUCUGGUCUAAGAGGAGCAGCAUCAGCUGAAUAUUUCUUAAAAGAAGGCUUUGUUGUCGUCUAUUAUUAUAGAGAUAAGUGCUUAAGACCAUUUGCAAGACAUUUAAAUGUUUAGUAACUAAUUAAUGCUGAUCAGUAUUUAUAAAAUCAUUAAAAAUUUUUAGAUAAGAAUUACAAAAGCUUUAACAACUAUAAAAAAUUGAUAAAACAAACCUCUAUGAAAUAUCCUAUGUUUCUGUUAUGGAAUAUUUGUAUUUUAUUCUCAAAGCUAUGGAAAUAUUUAAAGAAUUAAAAUUAUAGUUGAUAGUGUAUUUAGCUAGUGCUGUAAGUGAUUAUUAUAUUCCAAAAUAAAUGAUGGCUUAACAUAAAAUCUAAGCAUAAGAUAAAUUAAAUUUAGAAUUAAUGCCAGUUCCUAAGAUUUUAGGGUUAAUUAGAGAAAUCUAUUAGGAAGCUACAAUUAUUUCAUUUAAAUUAGAAACUGAUUAGGAAAUUCUUAAUAAGAAAAUCUUAGAGUCUAUGAAAAAAUACAAUUUAGAAUAUGUAUAGAUUUAUAAUAAAAAAUUAGUGUGUUGGAAAUUUGUUAUAAAAUAGAAGAGAUUAAAUUGUAAUAUUUAAUAAAGGUCAGUUUAUUGAAAUACAAAGACAUAAGGAUGAAAUAGAAGAGUAAAUUAUUGAAUAUUUUAAAUAAAACAUCUAAUGA